AUGGCUCCUAUCCACGAACGCAUCCGCGAGGAUCUCCUCAUCAAAGAGCGCAGUCUGUGGACCGCUCUCACCUCCGCUGACCCCGGCCCCGAGAUCGAGAAACUGUCCAACUCUGAAGCCAAUCUCCUAUUCCCCAAAACACCUAUCUUGACUCUGGACGGUGAACCUUCUCUACAAGAAACACUGAAGCCCCCAUUUCAUCAUUUCGAUGCGUUCGAGUUGAAGGAAGUCCGAGUCAUCAUCAUUGAUCUCAUGGCGGGUACCGUUACCUACAAUAUCAAUGCCUCGAGAGGAAAGGAGCAGUAUCGGGCCACGGGAUCAACGACAUGGAGUCAAUCAUCGGAUGGGGAAUGGAGAAUUGUGGCGCAUACAGAGACACUGCUGUGA